ACGUAGAGACUAAACAGUUCAUGAUGGGGGCUCGGGUUGGACGCAUGUUCAGAAAUUUUAAUUUAGAAAAUCGUGCACACCGUGAAAUAGGAAGGGAAAAACCAGUCUCUGCUCCCCGACACCCAACUCCAGUGACUAACGUUACGGCUGAAAGCGCCGAGGAAAUCACGGAGGAAAUCCAUAAGAAAAAUGACCCAUUGCUGACAUUAUUGAAGACUGUCUAUGUGGAAUCAAAAGAUCCAGCACCUCAGAGUGUGCCAUCUGAGUCAGGGACGAAAGCAGAAGCUGAACGGAGGCCGUUAAAGUUUAGCUUGCCAGGUGACCCAUAUGGUAUCUGCGAUAUCACCGACGUCCCCAAAGGGAAAAUCUCCAUUGUUGAGGCUCUCAAUGCACUCAACCACCACAAACGGGAACCUCAGACAUGGACUCCAGAGAAAGUGGCCCAAGAGUACUCGUUAGACUUGAAAGAUACUCGGGGCCUUUUGACCUUUUUUAUCCCCUUUGAAGUGAAAAUAAUACCACCCAAUGAGGGUGGGCCCCAACAGAUUAAGGACUCUUAGGAUCUAGGAGCACAUUCUGUCUAUAUCUGAUUCAAACUGUCAAGGUUGAAUUUGUGUGUGCUCGUGCACAAAUAUUACGUGUUUAUUUUGAUAUUCUGUGGAUACUGAGAAGUAUUUUUUUUUCUGCCUAAAGUGGAGUACAAUUAUUUAUUGACAUACUGUUGAGUUAAAGAUGUCUGUAAUACCACGUUAUAGAGACAAAAUGUUUUAUGUUGUAAUGUGAAUUUAAAGAAAAGACGCACAAUAUUUUGAAUCAGUCAAUGGCCUUAAUCACUGAAUAGCUGUGUAUAAUGGGGACUAACGUUGAGAAACUGAAGUAGCCCUGCAACCUCUUGGCCUCAGAUAGGAGUGUUGCUGAGAAACCUUAAAUGUUAAAAGCCUGGCGUGCACCAAUGAGCCAAACCAAUUAUGACUUAAGUCCUCUGGUCCCUCUGCAGCUCCAACUUACCAAUCACUUGUACUAAAGAUUCCCUGUUGCAUCUACCUCUCAGAUGGCAGUAGCUGAUCCUGAGGAGGGGUUGAAAUGGUUCAGAUUUGUUUUUCUGUUCCUUACCAUUGGAAUCUGGGCAAUUUGGGGGCCAAGGCAACACCUUCUUUUGCAUGUUUCUCAAAACCAUUUGCCAAUAAUGUGUGCACUAUGGCAGGGUGUAUAAUCAUAUUGUAUUGAACGAGUCCACACUCAUACUGUUGCAAUGAAGGGCCUUAGAUAUACCAUGUUUGUGAUUAAGUGACAUACCUAGAUAGGUUAACUCAGAGUAGGUGGCAAACCUAGUAGAAGAGACUCAUGGCUUCAUUCUUAUAGUAAACCAAAGCAACAGGGCUCUAUUAGGAGGCCUACCACCUACUCUCAGUUAGUUUACCCAAGUGUGACACUGAACAACCCAAGAACAUGGAUUAGUAAUAAGCCUGACAAAGUUGACUUGGAGUAUGUUGUAAACCUCCAAGAACGUCAUGGCUUCAUUCUCAUGCAAAAACAAAGCCAUAGGGCUCCUCUACCACAUACUCUCCAUGAUCGCAGCUAGGCUGGUUGAUCAUCUAAUCCGAUUGGGAUACCGGUCUAGAGCAAUGGUUUGGUAGUUGGAACAUGUCAAAUGGAUGUUAACAUGAAUGCCAGAUCCAAGUUGCAGACAUUUAGCACCAAAUAAAGCUGCAGUUGUGACAUUU